AUGGAACUGGAGAAAGCCCCCACUCUUCAUGAGGAGGACUCAAAAGUUACCCUCACUAUCAGACUGAUUAUGCAGGGGAAGGAAGUCGGCAGUAUUAUUGGAAAGAAGGGGGAAAUUGUCAAAAGAUUCAGAGAGGAGUCGGGUGCGAAAAUCAACAUAUCAGAUGGAUCAUGUCCAGAAAGAAUUGUCACUGUCACGGGGAACACCAGUUCAAUAUUCAAAGCAUUCACACUUAUAUGCAAAAAAUUUGAAGAGUGGUGCUCGCAGUUCAAUGAAGGUGGUGGUGGAUCUCGGGCCCCGAUCACAUUAAGGCUGAUCGUGCCAGCAUCACAAUGUGGUUCACUCAUCGGCAAAGGUGGUUCUAAGAUCAAGGAAAUCAGAGAUGUUACCGGCGCUAACAUACAGGUGGCAAGUGAGAUGUUGCCGAACUCUACAGAGCGUGCAGUCACAAUCAGUGGUACAUGUGAUGCUAUCACACAAUGCAUCUAUCACAUCUGCUGUGUGAUGCUAGAGAGUCCUCCAAAAGGCGCAACAAUUCCAUACAGGCCGAAGCCUAAUGUAGCAGGUCCAGUAAUACUAGCUGGUGGACAAGCAUACACUAUUCAAGGAAACUAUGCGGUGCCUGCACAAGAUGCGGUGUGCGCGCCGGUGUUCCCGAUGCUGGAGAUGAAGCCGCCGCUUGUGGGAGCCCUGCCGCCGGCUCACCUCCUGCCGCCGCUGGACCACCACCUCAUGGGCGGUUUGGCUAAAUCACCACUGGCUGGCUUAGCGGCCUUGGGGCUUGGCGGAUUGGGACCCGCGAACACUGGCGGACUUAACCCGGCUGCGCUAGCAGCGCUGGCUGGUUCUCAGUUGAGGUCGUCUAACACAGGUCGCAACCAACCGGCGACCAACCAACAAUCACACGAGAUGACCGUGCCCAAUGAACUUAUCGGAUGCAUUAUUGGAAAGGGAGGCACCAAAAUAGCUGAGAUCCGUCAAAUAUCCGGCGCCAUGAUCCGGAUAUCGAACUGUGAGGAGCGCGAGGGAGGUAGUACGGACCGCACCAUCACUAUAUCUGGGAACCCGGACUCUGUGGCGCUGGCGCAGUAUCUGAUUAACAUGAGUGUGGAGCUGCAGAAGGCGAAUCUGGAGGGUGGCGGGUCGGGGCCCCUCGCGUCCGCCAUCCCGCUGGCGCAGUUGCUCAGCAAGAGCGGGGCCCUGGGGGCCUUAGGCUCGCUGUCCGCGCUGGGGGGCCUCACGGACCUCCUGGCGGGGGGGCCCGUGCAAACCACCGGGGUCCACCGCUCGCACAAGCUCACACGCCGCGACGACGACGCCAAAGGAUCCAAGGACAGAAACAAAUAUAGUCCCUACUAA